CUACAUUUGCUGGCCGAACAGUGCGCCUGAACAGAAGUGUCGAAAUGUUAAGAGAAAUUAAACCUCGCAAUGCCCGGACGGCUCGUAUAGUCAAAGCACGAGAACCACAACAAAUUGAAUCCCGCAAAAAAGUCCUGCUUCUACAUGGCAGCAAGUGCCCGCAGCCUGUGGCUUCAGUGCUCAAGACCGUCCACACUCUGACGAAACCCGAUUCAGUCCUCCUCAACAAGAAGAACAGCGACAUCUACCCCUUCGAAGACCCUGCUUCCCUAGAAUUUUUGGCACACAAGAAUGAAUGCGGUGUGGUGGUCUUUGGGACGCAUUCAAAAAAGAGACCUAACAACAUCACUGUGCUCCGUACAUACGAUGGAAAACUUCUCGACAUGAUGGAGCUGCUGCUCACUCUGCCACCAGACCAGCCGGAGAAAGAGCAGAAGCUACAGAUUGGCGUUGAGAUGAAGCCGAUGAUACUCUUCUCUGGAUCGCAGUGGGAUGAUUCCUCAUCAUCCGAGCAGGCUGCGCUUUAUCGGACAGUGAAGUCUCUGAUGCUGGAUCUGUUUCAGGGCGAAGAGAUCUCCUCGGUAGAUGUGGCCGGCCUACAGUACCUUCUCAUGAUUGCGGCUAGCGAGACCUCAACCGGUUCGACCGACCUGAACGAUCCCUCCAACAAGCCCGUGCUCCACCUUCGAUGGUAUCGGAUCAAGACCGUGAGGUCAAACAAUGCCAAAACCCCACGCGUGGAACUCGAUCAGAUAGGGCCGAGUUUCGAUUUUCGAGUCGGUCGACUUCGUGAAGCCGAUCCUGGUGUGAUGAAAGAGGCUAUGAAGCAUGGUCGUCGACCGAACGAGGCUCGCACAAAGAAAAACAUUGAGACAGAUCUGGUCGGUGACAAGAUUGGUCGGGUUCAUCUUGGCAAGCAGGAUCUCAGCACAUUGCAGACACGAAAAAUGAAGGGUCUGAAGCGAUCACGAGACCUGGACGUUGAGGACAUGAACGGAACUGGCUCACAGGACGAUGAUGUUAGCCAAGACGAGGACAUGGUCGACGGUGGCAUGGAGAUAGAUGAAGAUUUUUCAGAUGGUAGAAGUAGCAUGGGAGGGUCUGGUGACGAGAUCAGUAUCGGUGAGGACGAAGAUGAAGCGAUGGGCAACAGCGAGCAGAACGAAAAGCCGAAGCGACAGCGGUUAUCAUGAAAGCGUUUGGGAUUGAUCCCUCCUAAUUCCAAAACCCCUAUAGGCAAGAAGUUCUAAAAAGGGCAUGAUGGGCUGGAUCGGGCAUGAGACAGGACUGUCGGGCAUAAAAUCCGACCAUUUUGACUUUGGUGUCUGUCCUACGAAUGCGCAAUGGACCUCCCAAGACUGCCUCUUCUUUGGGGCUGACAUGGACGAUAUCUCAUCCCUCGCCACACGGUAAAAGCAAUGCGCCCUUCAUCUGCAGUCACACAGCCUAGUUGAGAAGAGCAGUGACGACGCAUGACUGCAGCAUGGCCUCAGGACCGCUAACGAACCCAAGUCUGUCGGUUCAGAACGCCUCCGUGUGGUUGGAAAGAUCAAACAUGUAGAGAGUACGUUGUGGUCAUGGCCAAGCUGUUGGGGGAGGUCGGAGUUGGAUCAAGUUUAUGAGACGAUGGAGUUCUGCUGGUGCCGGCGACAUAAGACGUCGGCUUGUUAGGGCAAAGAAUUG